AUGGUGCUUGACGUCCCACAGGAGCGGGGUCUGGCGAUGGCUGACCUGCGGUGGGGAGCCACCGACGAGUGCUACUUCCCACUGUUCAACUUCCUCCAACCCCUGCCUCUAGAGUGGAUGUACAUCGUGUAUCUCGUCAUGUUUCUAGGUGCUGUGGGCAUCAUGCUUGGUUUCAUGUUCCGUCUGAGUGCAGUGUCAUUCCUCGUCACAUACUGGUACAUAUUUUUCCUCGACAAGACAUCUUGGAACAAUCACUCGUACCUCUACGGCAUCAUUGGCUUUCUUCUCCUCAUCUCAGAUUCCAACCGAUACUGGUCCAUUGAUGGGUUUUUGAACCAGAAAGUGAGAAAUGCACACGUCCCUCUGUGGAACUACACACUUCUUCGAUUCCAGGUAUUGUUUUCUACUACCUGUCGUAAACAGUUGUAA